AGAGAGUCCAGCCUGAAAAGCUUCAGAGCUCACAAGUUCUCUCUCUCUCUCUCUCUCUCUAAGCGAAGUGAAUCUGACACAUUUUCCGAUAAAACCUCAUCGCCGGAGAUUACCGAGUUUCGAUGAGUUGCCGGCGAGCUUUUCCAGCAAUGUGUAACUCACGCGGUGGGGCGCUCUUUCUUCUUCUGCUACACUCAGUAGUAGUAGCUCUGGUCUCGGCUCAGGGAUCUAACAAGACCAGUCUCUGGCCUACACUUAGUGGUAAGCCGCCUUUGGUCAUUGCACGUGGUGGGUUUUCGGGGCUAUUUCCUGAUUCCAGUUCAGUUGCCUAUGCUUUUGCACAGCAGGUUAGUUUGCCCAAUGUGAUCUUAUGGUGUGAUGUGCAAUUGACGAAGGAUGGUACCGGGAUUUGUGUGCCAGAUGUCAAGCUCGAAAACUCUACAGACAUUUCAGUUGUUUUCAAAAACAGGAAUAAGGUUUACGAUGUUAAUGGAACCCCUACCUCAGGCUAUUUUUCUUUGGAUUUCACCCUCAAGGAGCUAUCAAAUGUCGUUCUAACUCAAGGCGUCUAUUCUCGAACUAAUAAGUUUGAUGGCAAUGGCUUCCAAAUUCUCACUGUUCAAGAUUUGGCUAAAGCAUUUAAACCGUCAGGCUUAUGGUUGAACAUUCAGCAUGAUGCAUUCUUCACAAAACACAAUUUGAGUAUGAGAAGCUACGUAAUUUCUGUGUCAAAAAGUGUAAUUGUUAAUUAUAUUUCAUCACCAGAGGUGAAUUUCCUAAGAAGUAUUACAGCACGAUUUAAUCCAAGAACAACAAAGCUAGUCUUUCGGUUUCUAGGACAAGAUGAGACUGAGCCUUCAUUGAACAAGACUUAUGGUUCUCUCUUAAAUAAUCUUACAUUUAUCAAGACAUUUGCCUCUGGAAUUCUUGUUCCCAAGAGUUACAUAUGGCCUAUGGAUGAAGCUCUUUAUUUACAACCUCAUACAUCUGUUGUCACGGAUGCUCACAAAGAAGGGCUUGAAGUUUUUGCGUCAGAUUUUACGAAUGACGUUCCAUUUAGCUUCAAUCACAGUUAUGAUCCAGUAACUGAGUCCUUGUCUUUCAUUGACAAUGAUGACUUCUCUGUUGAUGGUCUGCUGACAGACUUCCCAAUUACUCAAUCAGUUGCUAUAGAUUCCUUUGCUCACCUUGGCAAAAAUGCUUCAACACAAGCGAAGCUUCUUGUUAUCUCUAGAUAUGGAGCAAGUGGAGAUUACACUGGUUGUACAGACUUGGCAUAUAAGAAAGCUAUUGAUGAUGGUGUAGAUGUACUUGACUGUCCUGUUCAAUUGACGAAGGAUGGGACACCAUUUUGCUUAAGCUCAAUAAACCUGAUAGAUAGCACAACAGUUGCUCAAUCACGUUUUAGCAGUCGUACAACAACUAUUCCAGCGAUUAAAGCUGGCACUGGAAUCUUUACAUUUAAUCUGACAUGGAGCGAGAUUCAAACAUUGACACCUUCAAUAGCAAGCCCCUACUCGAAAUACACAUUGUUCCGGAAUCCAAGGUUCAAAAAUAAUGGAAAGUUUCUAACAUUGUCCGAUUUUUUGGCCUUGUCAAAGGACGCAAGCACUCUUCAUGGAGUCUUGAUCAACAUAGAGCAUGCGGCCUACCUUGCUGAGAAUCUGGGAUUAAGUGUAACUGAUUUAGUACUCGAUGGCUUGAGCAAAGCUGGCUAUGAUAAUCUGACAUCCCCAAAAGUUAUGAUUCAGUCCAGUAAUAGCUCUGUUCUAAUGAAAUUCAAGGACAAACAUAACUAUGAUCGUGUAUACAAGGUUGACGAGAAUAUUCGUGAUGCCUCCAACUCAGCUGUUGAGGACAUAAAGAAAUUUGCGACUGCUGUGGUUGUCGGCAAGGAGUCUGUCGUUCCUGAAAAUCAAGCUUUCCUCACUGUUCUAACUGAUACUGUAUCGAAGCUACAAUCGUUUAAGCUGCCUGUUUAUGUAGAACUCUUCAGCAAUGAGUUUGUGUCUCAAGCAUGGGACUUCUUCUCAGACGCAACUGUGGAGAUCAACUCAUAUUUCAAGGGAUUCAAAGUUGAUGGUAUCAUCACAGAUUUCCCUAAGACGGCUGCCAGAUACAAAAGAAAUCGCUAUAUAGAAACGGCCAUCAAUGACACACCUGCUUACAUGAGCACGGUUCAGCCUGGAAGUCUCAUGCAACUCAUCACUUCUGAUUACCUGCCACCAGCUGAGGCCCCGUUCCCUCUCCUGUCAGAAUCAGAUGUAGCGGAGCCACCUUUGCCCAAUGCUUCAGAAAAAACCCCAACUUCCGGCCCAAGUGGUGUACCUGCGGCAGUUCCUCCUUCGCCAAGCGGGCAGCCUAAGAUUGUAUCAGGCUUCCUCCUGCCAUAUCUGGCAAUGCUCCUUGCUGCUCUUUUUCUAAUUUGAACAAUGUAGCAUGCUCGCUCACUCAUUAUUUUGUGAUCGUGUAUUUUCCCAUCUCUUUGCUUGGAUUUCAAGUAGCUUGGAGCUUUCUUCCUUGCAUGGCAGCAAGGCUAAUCCAAAUUUUUCCAGUCGAGUAGUGAAUUCUUUUUGCGUCCAAACACUUUAGGCAUGUUCAUUCUUCCCCCUUGUAAUUUGAAAAUAAUUUAUUCGGGUCUGCAAUUUGUAUUUCUGUUUUGUAAAAUAUACACACGAUUAUUUUUUUGGUUUGCAUUAUGUACGAGUAAUGGAGCCAUGGAGGCAUUGCAUAUCA